UUUUACAAAAAUAAAAAUGAGAAAAUCGACUAAAAAAUCUACAAAGACAGAGAUCGUGAAUGGAAAAACGAUAACAACCACUGUAGUGGAGGAGACUAUUACGUACCCAGACGGACGUGAGGAAACCACCGUCACGGAGACGGUCUCUGGAGAGGACGGGGGUCCCCAGGAAUCCGUCAACAAAUCCACAAGACAAGUGGCACCGUCCUCUUCUGCAUCAAAUGCAAUAGGCAAUGAUAGUUCAGCAUCGUCAGCACCGAAGAGCAACCAGGACCUGGAUCAAUGUAAUGAAGACGCUUUGAAAAGGCACAACGAGUUACGAGCCAAACAUGGCGUACCACCUGUCAAGCUAGCUAGGGAUCUUCAAGAUUAUGCACAAAAAUGGGCGGAACAUAUGGCCAAAAGUGGCAGUUUGAGUCACAGCGAUUGUAUGCUUAAUGGAGGAAGACUAGGAGAGAAUGUGGCCUUCACUGGUUCCUCAAGACCCACUGACUACGCAGGGAAAGAUUUUACGGAUUCCUGGUACAGUGAGAUUAAAGACCACAACUUCAGCAAGGACCACCAGCCUGGAACAGGUCAUUUUACUCAAGUUGUAUGGAAGGGCACCACAGAAGUCGGGUUCGGUAAAGCAAAGUCUGCCAAUGGCUGUUCCGUGUUUGUGUGCGGGAGUUAUCGCCCGGCCGGAAAUAUGCUCGGAGAUUUCAAAAACAAUGUUUUCGCACCAAAAUAGAUAUUUAUUUAGAAUAACAAAGUAACACCAUUUGAAUGUUCCU